UAGGUUGUCAAUUUUUGUUUUUGUUUUGCAAUUUUACACAGACCCGAAUAAAAAAUCGCAUCAAUUUUUAAACAGCGAUGAAUGAAAACGAUGAUAAAAUGAAAUAUGGUGAAUGCAGGUGUUGCUUUACGAUGGGUAACCAUCGGGAUCUGAUGAAAGAGUACGAGUUUAACGGCAUCCGAGAAGUGUACUAUAAAAUAUUUCUGGAGUGCUUCAAUGUAUUCUUAUGCACAAAGAUGAAUAACAACAACCUCAUAUGCACGUCCUGCGUUCUGAGGUUGAGAGAUGCGACCAGCUUCAAGAAAAUGGUGAUGGAUGCUGAACGGAGCUUGUCAAACUGUAACGUGAAACAUGAAGAAGCUGUUAUUGAAUCCACAAACCCCUCAUCGUCAUUGCUCGAAGUGGAGAUAAAAUUUGAACAAAAGGACUUCAAUACUGAAUCUAACAAUUUAGAGAGUGAUAGGAACUUUGAAGACGACUCUAUGUCAGAAGAGGAAGACCGUGAUAUACUAGAAGAAUCCACAGACUCCAAAGCACUACCGACAUCAUGCCAAAUAAAAAAAAAAAAUAGGUUAGAGAAACUAGCAUACAUUCACAAUAGUACAGUCAUCAUAGAGAACUCAAACGUCACUCCGUUCAAACCCAAAUACCAGAAGGGUUUCCCAUGUUUCUACUGCACAAUGGUAUUCCAAGAUUUAUCAAAAAUGAGGGUACAUCAACAAAAGCAUACGAAAACUGAACUCAAGACUGUAUUAUAUACACAAGGAGCUGAGGCAUUUAUAGUCUAUGUUGAUAUCACAGACUUAAAAUGUACAUUAUGCAAUGAAGAAAUUCCAAAUUUGACGGAGCUUAAAUCACAUUUGACCAAAAAACACAACAAGAAAAUUCAAGAUUACCCCGACAGAGUUGUCCCUUUUAAAUUGACAACAAACGUUUUCGAAUGUCAAAUUUGUAAAUGUGUGUUUGAAACGUUCGGUGCGAUGGACCGCCAUAUGAACGUUCAUUUCAGGAAUUAUGUGUGCAAGGAAUGCGGUACAGGUUUUGUGACCAAAAGUCGUUUCAAGAAACAUUCCCAACAGCAUAACGAGGGCAGCUACCAAUGUGAGACAUGCAAGAAAAUCUACACCACCCCCUUAAAGCUGAAAUACCACAUUGACAAUGUUCACAGAAUGGUUAAAAGGCACAAGUGUACGAAGUGCGAUGAACGCUUUACAGAAUAUUUUCAACGACAGAAGCAUAUGGAAGAUGCACAUGGUGUGGCCAAGCUCGAGUAUAAAUGCAAUGUAUGCGACAAGAUAUUUGACAGGAAAACCAGAGUGUCCAUGCAUAUGAAAAGGUACCAUUUGGAGCAAAGGGAUUAUCAAUGCGAGAUGUGCUCGUACACAUGUUUCACAAAAGCUGCAUUAAAAAUUCACAUGAUAAAACAUAACGGGGAGCGGAUAUACGAGUGCUCUGUUUGUAAAAAAUCAUAUGCGAGAAAGAGAACGCUGCUCGAGCAUAUGCGGAUACAUAAUAAUGAUAGACGCUAUGCAUGCAAGGUGUGCGGGCAGACUUUUGUACAGAAUUGCAGUUUGAAAGGUCAUAUAAAAACGCACCAUCCUGAAUUUCAUAUGCAAUAAAGUUAUAGUUUAAUUUACUACUUAUUAAAUAUUUAUUACAUUACUAUGCUUUGCGGUUUAACAAAAUUGAGCAAACCUGCAAAAAUAUUUUUGAGGUUAUACUUUAGGAAAAAAUCAUGCGAGUGAAAUUAUACGAUGUAAUGAUAAUGCGCGCGCACAUGGUAACACGAUUUUAACAGCAUGAAGGUAGUCGCGAAACCGAGUGAGAGGGGUAUAUAGUCCGGCAGCUCACUCUUUACGGUGCGCGCGCACACAGUCGCAAAAAAUACUACGCCCUGAAGUUAGCUCUAGUCGUCAUUUUAGUUUUCAAAAAAAGUGACAGUGUACACUUUCAAUUCUCAAAAUCAGCGGGACCAUUCCGGUGAUCUAAUUGAUUCAAUUGUACAAAAAUCUCAAAUUUUCCGUUAACGAGAUAACUAGAUAAUGCGUUA